GAAGUCCGUGUUCUCGCAGACCGAGCCUCCCGCACACCCUGUCCCUCCUGGUCUUUCCUGUCCUAAUCACGUCGCCGCCGCCGCCCACUGAAUCCUCGUAGGGGAGGAUGCCUCCAGCGAGGUUGGCCCGCCCAGUGUGGAGACCAUGCCAAAGCUGCAGGGCUUCGAGUUCUGGAGCCGCACCCUGGGGGGGGCCCGCCACGUGGUGGCCCCCAUGGUGGACCAAAGCGAGCUGGCCUGGAGGCUGCUGAGUCGCCGCCACGGGGCCCAGCUGUGCUACACGCCCAUGCUGCAUGCCCAGGUCUUCGUCCGCGAUGCCAACUACCGCAAAGAGAACCUGUACUGCGAAGUGUGCCCCGAGGACCGGCCCCUCAUCGUGCAGUUCUGUGCCAAUGACCCAGAGGUGUUUGUCCAGGCGGCUCUCCUGGCGCAGGAUUACUGUGACGCCAUCGACCUGAAUCUGGGUUGCCCGCAGAUGAUAGCCAAGCGCGGUCACUACGGCGCCUUUCUGCAGGAGGAGUGGGACCUGCUCCAGAGAAUGAUUCUGCUCGCUCACGAGAAGCUCUCCGUCCCCGUCACGUGCAAGAUCCGCGUCUUCCCGGAGAUCGACAAGACCGUGCGGUACGCCCAGAUGCUGGAGAAGGCUGGCUGCCAGUUGCUGACGGUGCACGGCCGCACCAAAGAGCAAAAGGGGCCCCUGUCCGGCAGCGCGUCCUGGGAACACAUCAAGGCUGUGCGGAAGGCGGUGGCCAUCCCUGUGUUUGCCAACGGGAACAUCCAGUGUCUGCGGGAUGUGGAGCGCUGCCUCCAGGACACGGGGGUACAGGGGGUCAUGAGUGCAGAGGGAAACCUGCACAACCCUGCCCUGUUUGAGGGCCGCAGCCCCGCCGUCUGGGAGCUGGCCGAGGAGUACCUGGACAUUGUGCGCCAGCACCCCUGCCCCCUAUCCUACGUCCGUGCCCACCUCUUCAAGCUGUGGCACCACACGCUGCAGGUGCAUCAGCAGCUUCGUGAGGAGCUAGCCAAGGUGAAGACCCUGGAGGGCGUUGUGGCGGUGAGCCGGGAGCUGAGGCUGCGGUGUCAGGAGGAUAUGUCCAGGCAGAAGGAGGGAGAGAAGCCUUCGGGCAGCUUGCCUUUCUCUCACUGGAUCUGCCAGCCCUAUUUCCGGCCAGGGCCCAGGGAGGGGAGCAAGGAAGGUGGGGCUGCCCGCAGCAAGCGGGCCCUGGAGGAAGAGGAGGGCAGCACGGACGUCCUGUCCAAGAAUAAGCAGAAGAAGCAGCUGAGGAACCCCCACAAGACCUUCGACCCCUCACUGAAGCCAAAAUAUGCCAAGUGUGAUCAGUGUGGAAACCCAAAGGGCAGCAGGUGUGUGUUUAACCUCUGCCGCGGCUGCUGCAAGAAGCGAGCUUUCCGAGAGACUGCUGACUGCCCAGGUCAUGGGCUGCUCUUUAAAACCAAACUGGAGAAGGCCCUGGCCUGGAAGGGGGCACGGCCCCAGCUGCAGGAAGCUCAGCAGGCAGGGCCUGGGGAAGCAGGUGGCUUUCCUGAGGUCGUGGGCAGUGCCCUGGCCUGAAGGGCAGCUGCAGCCCCCGUGCCACCCACCAGGCCUCAGGCCCGCUGCCGAAGCCGCGGCACAUCCUGCUCAAGGAAAUGCCUUUACUCAGGGAACCUCCUGCUAUUUCACGUGGAAGCUCAAGCUGGUCCCCCUUGGCCCAG